UAACAGGGAAGACGGUAUCGACCCGAAAGAAUUGGAAGAUUACAAAUUAAAUAACGGAGGCUCAAUCAAAGGAUUUCCAGGAGCACAAGAAACGACUGAGAACUUACAUUCUGUAGCUCUUUAGGAAGGCCUAUCACUAGUGGUGGCAGAAGGUGCCAAUGGUCCCACUACUAUUGCUGUUGAGAAGAUUCUGAUGGAUCGCAACAUUAUGGUCAUCCCUGACCUGUUUGCAAAUGCUGGAGGAGUGACUGUGUCCUAUUUUGAGUGGCUCAAGAAUCUCAACCAUGUCAGUUAUGGACGGUUGACCUGGAAACACGAGGAAGACUCCAACAAUCAUUUACUAGACAGUGUCCAGCGUAGUCUAGAGGCCAAGUUCUCUGGAGGUCGUGCUGGGUCUAUCCCCAUCACAGCCACCCCUGCAUUCAGUGCUCGCAUUGCUGGAGCUAGUGAGAAGGACAUUGUCAACUCUGGUCUAGAAUACACCAUGGAGAGAUCUGCCAAGCAAAUCAUGCGAGCUGUUCGUGAGUACAACCUUGGUCUGGACCUGAGGACCGCUGCUUAUGUGUGUGCACUGCAGAAGAUCUACACAGUCUACCUAGCGGCUGGCAUCACCUUGUAGCAUAGAGAACACCUGAUAGUGAACAUUGUACCUUCCUACCUGCUAGCUUAUUUUUUGGUAUGUCUGUGGCUUUAAUUUUAAACACUACAUUGUACAUGUAUGAUUGUAGUUUACAGUAACUUG